AUACCUCAUCCAAUAGGGCGGGAAAAGGGAGGGUAGAGUUCCCGGCAUGCAGCGUGCGUUUGUGCCCGGCCGGUGGCUAAGAUGGCGACUCCCAUGCAUCGCCUUAUUGCUCGGAGACAAGCGGAGGCAAACAAGCAACAUGUGAGAUGUCAGAAGUGUUUGGAAUUCGGACACUGGACCUAUGAAUGUACAGGAAAAAGGAAAUAUCUGCAUAGACCAUCAAGGACAACAGAGUUUAAAAAAGCACUUAAAGAAAAAGAAAAUCAACUAUUACAACAAAGCUCUGGAGAAUGUACUGCAGACAGGAAGAGCAAGAAAAAAAGGUCUAAAAGUGUGACGAGUUCCAGCAGUAGCAGCAGCAUUAGUUCAGCUAGUGAGUCUUCAUCUGAGAGUGAAGAUUCUUCAUCCUCUUCUUCUGAUGACAGUGACAGUGAUGAAAGCACUUCCAGUUCUUCCUCCUCUCCCUCUUCAAGUAGUUCUUCCAGUUCUUCUGACUUUGAGACAGAUUCUAGUUCCUCCAGUAGCAGCAGCAGCAGCAGCACAGACAGCAGUACGGAUGACGAGCCGCCAAAGAAAAAGAAGAAGAAAAACAACUUGGUGCGGUGUUAGGACUGUAAUACUGAUGAACGAUAAAUUGCAUCUAAAACGCAUAAUGGCCAAACAAAACUAACAGGUCAAUUUUUACAAUUGAAAAACUGUAUGUGUUUUACAUAGUAGUUGAUAGGACAUAUGCUGUUAAAUGGCAAGUAAUGCUUAUUGAAAGAGUAUUUUUGUGGGUUAUUGUUUAAUAGGAAAUGCUACCUUUUUUCUUCGUUUUUAAAGAAAUCUAUCAAAUGUUUAUAUGAACUAAGGUCCAGUCACCCUAAUGUUUACAUGCCUGAAAGCAAAACACUAUUUCUUUGAACCAUUCUGUGUUAUAUCAUAGCAACCUUCUGUUUAUACCAAUUUCAUGUUGUAAGCAAGAUGGAAGGAGAAGAAUAUUAAGUUAUAUUUCAGUUGGCUGAUAUGUCCAAAGCCAUAUUUAAUGUCUCCUAACAGCUAAAGGAGGAAUGAUAAUUGCCUUCAGUACAAACAAAUUUGCUGUUCUCAAAUGGCUUUUCCUGACACUUUCUGGUCAAAUAUUAGUUGCAAUAUCAAAUUUCUUGUUAGUGCGGAAUUGGUGGAGGUCAGUAUCUUAUUCAUGGACCAUACAUUUACACCCGCCCAGCAGGUUUGUUCAGCAUGUAGAAAGAGGCUUCUGUGUAUAUGUUGCCCUUCUGGAUUUGGUCCUGCAUAUGCAAGUGAUCCUAGAGAGAUCCUAGCAUAGUAGUAGGCAGUACACAUGUUACUGUGCUUAAGGGACUCUCCCCCCAAAGGAGAUGGUUCUCAGUUCUGAAAGUUCCAAUCAUGGUUUGAGCUAGAGGGAGGUUGAUUCCAGGAAUCUCUCUGCCUGUCACCAGGUAAGCAGCUCUGUCCAAUGCUGACAGUGUCAACUGUCUCAUGAGCAGUGGAGGUUCUUGCAUGGCGCUACAUUCAUGCUUCUCUCCACUAUGUACUAGAAUCUCUGGACCAGGGCCAAAUGCUUUAUACUUUUUUAACAAAAUAUGUUCAGAGCUUAAAGGCCAUCUGUUAAGCUGCAUUUGCACUGUGCAUGGAGAGUAGUAUUAACUGUUGCAACUGAAGUGUUUCAUCUUUGUGCCUUUUCAUAAAAUUAAAUGUGCCCUAAUGAGGGUUAUAAAAUGGGAGGAGGUGGGUUGAAGACCUCAUUUUACCUUCCACACACUAAUUUGGGAGCCUAGAAUAAUUAUAAUAACAUACAAAUGUCCUAUUUUAAAUGAGGAAAACAUUUAUUUUCAUUGGAGCUGGAUAAAAGAGAAAGUAUCUUUACAUAUUUCCCCUUGUGCUAUUUUUGAAUAAUUCUUAACUGUAAGAUACAUUUGAUUAUUCUGGUCAUAUAGUAGCUUCCAUUUGUAUUCUAAUUUACAAUCAUUACUUUAGAACAACUAUUUUUCUUCUUUGCAUAGCACAAGUUAUAUAUAAUUGAAUGAACUUUGGAAUGGAGGAUACGUAUUAGCAAAGAUCAUAUUGCAGUACAUUUCUUGCUAGUUACAGAAGUGAACUAACUUGCUGUUGUGAUGAAUUUUAGCAAUUGGCAGUAGUCACUUAAUUUGUGAUACAGUCUUUUAGUUUCUUAUUGAUAGAAGUCUUUUUAAGAGGGAACAUCUGGGGGGAAUCUUAAAUAUCCUAGUCUAGUUAAAGUAUGAAUUAACUAUUGAACUAUUUUUUAUAUUUUUAUGAAAAUGUAGUGUGUAGAAUGACUUUUGAAUACAAAUGUUCUAUUUAAAUGUUCAUGUAAGUUGUGCAUUUUAGUCUGUAACCAUUUCCAUGUUUUACAGAAUUCCGAAACUGUAAUUCUAAAACUACCAGAUAAUUAUUUGAGUCACGCUAAAGAAUGUAUCAUUUAAGAAGAAAGAUUAAUAAAUUAUU